UUUUAGUAAAAGAUGCAUAUUUUUACGAAUGUGUCACCAUUUUGCGACAUUAGUGUUUACUGCCGUAAAUCAACUUGGCUAGUUUCGGCAAAAAAUCAGAAAUGAGUGACCAUCAAAAGCGAAUUAAUUCGGGACGUCCAGGAUCUAAUACAAGUGGAGCCGGGAGACAUUCUGCCUCAGGAAGUCUGAGAAAUGAUAAUGAUUCUCAAAGUGUGCGUAACUUGGCAAGUCGGGAAGAAGAAUACAAAAAGUUGAAUGCAGAAUUAGAAGCUAAGACAGCCAAUCUUGUCAGGGAAGCUGAAGAUGUUCUAAAAGGUCAGGACUCGAUAUUGAACGAGCCGAAAUUACUUGAGAAGAUAAAUACUGACGAGUUUCUAAAAGCUUUUGAUGAUGACUAUGUGUCAGCCAAUGAAAACAGACCAGGCAGUUCACAGUCAAAGCCCAAUUCAACAAGACCUCUUUCAGCAGCUAAACCCACAAACCAGUCCAGAUCUCAAUCCAGAAAUAACCAGUCAAGACCGCAAUCUACAAACAAGAAACCUGCUUCUGCAAAGGCUCGUAUAAAGUCGGGCCGCAGUAACGUAGAGGAUGUUGCCAUGGUGGAUGACACGUUUCUAACGGAGUACAAAGAUUUCUCGUUACAGAAUGUCGUAGACAAUAUGGAAGGGCUAAAUCUGUCAGAAGAUGACAUAAAAGACGAUGUGUUGCCCAGCGUAGCACAGGAUAUGGGCACAGAGGCACAGAUUCGAUUUUUGAAAGCAAAGUUACGAGUUAUGCAGGAGGAGAUGGACCGACUCGGCCAAGAGAUUGGUAAAAAGGAAGAAGAGAACAGCAGUAUGUCCGUCCGUGUGAAGGAACUCGAGGACGAGAGAGGCAGACUUACACGCACCAACGCGGCCCAGACAACGCAGAUCGAUAAAUUUAAAAAGAUUGCGGAGGACAGUAAAACUAAGACAGAGAGUUUAGAGACACAGCUAGCAGCUACGAGAAAAGAACUAGAACAAAUGAAGAGGAACCAGAAACAGCAAGCUAGCACACAGGGGGCCACAGAGGUCAGACUAAACAGGGCAUUAGAAGAAAUAGAGAAAUAUAAAGAGCAGUUAUCACGAUCCAAAACAUCAUCAAGGGAAACAACGGACCAGGAAAAACGUAAGGUGGAUCAGUUACUGGCAGAUAACAAGCGUUUGGAGAAACAGAAGAACGAGUUAAUGGCAGGCUUUAAAAAACAAUUAAAAUUGAUUGACAUCCUCAAGAGACAAAAGAUGCACGUUGAAGCUGCCAAGAUGCUGGCUUUCUCCGAGGAAGAAUUUGUGAAGGCUUUAGAGUGGGGAAGCUGAGUCUAACCAUCAAGUGAUAGAAAGAUGCAUCAUAAGGAGGCGGUUGUAGGCCAAAUCUAUUGUCUAAAAUGCCAUUUGGGGCAGCCUUAAAACAGUACUUGUUAUAUGUUAUGAAACUAAAAGCAACAGCUUAAGAUCCAAAAAUUUCUGAGAUGGUCAAUUAUGAUUCAUAAUUCAUCUCCGGGACAGACACCUUAUUUCCGGGACUUUCCCGGAUGUCCGGGACGUUAUGGAAUGUAUGAUUAUGAAUCUGAAGCAGUUGUUUUUAUUUCGCAUAAUUGACCAUCUCAGAAAUCUUUUAAGUGACAAGCCUGAAUAGGACUGGUUAUUUUUAUAUAAGACCUGUAUUAUUUAUUAAUGAUCAGUAUAUUAGUAACAGAUUAGUCACUCGAUUUAGAAUUUUCAGGUCUACAAAUUUGUAUUAAGUUAAAGUAAAAAAGAGCCAUAGUGGAUGUUGUCAAAGACAAAGAUUACUGGUAUAUGUUAUUAUAAUUUGGCAGAAGAACUGGUUGUUUGUAUAGUGUUAUUCAUAUAGGGAGGACUUGAGAGCUAUUGACCUUUGCAGUUACAAGUUUGAACCAAUGGAAUGGCUUUUGUAAAGUUUUGAAUGAUUUGGUUGAAGUGAUUAUUUCUAUCUAUUUAUGUUUUUAAAUUUUUAUGGGCAAAAUAUCCCCUGUACAUUAUUUUUUUAGGUCAUUUAUCUGUGAUAAAAUAUAUGUUGCAUAUUAAUGGGCCAUCCAUAGCCAAGUGGUUAUAAGGUCUAUGACUUCAAAACACUUGCCAUUCAUCGUUGUUGAAUCAGGACAGGGAUUUUGCAAUUUUUCAUUUGAGGAAGCUAUCCAGCUAGCUUACAGAACAUUGAUGGUUCUACUCAGGUGCCCCUUUGUGCCUGAAAUAAUGCUCGGAAUGGCACCUGAAAUCUUCCUCCACCAAUAAAGCUGGAAAGUCGCCAUAUGAGUCAUAUGACCUUUACGGUUUUGGUGUGACAUUAAUUAAUCCUGAUCAAUAAAAAUAAUAAAAUAUAUAUGUUGCAUAUUAUAAUUGAUAACUUUCUAUAAUUUGAAGCCCCUCUUUCUCAUCUUAAAUUGAUAAACAUUGCAAGACAGAGGUCAUGUGACUGGACCAGAGAGAAUGUUAUGGUGAAUCUGAACAAGUUUUAGCUGUUUCAUAAAAUGAUCAAAAUUUUGAACAUUUUAUGAAAACAGUUAAACUUGUUCAGGUCAGGUCAUCAAACAAGUGACAAUAUUCAGCAAAAAAGUCAUGUAAUCAAAGCUGUGAAACUGUUAAGGUAACUUUUUUCAAGAAGGACCAAACCAGUUAUAUUGUAUGAUAAAUUUUAUGUAAUCAAAACGCUGAUGCUAUAAAGUUAUUUUUUUGUCAGACCAGUUGAACUUUUUAGGUGAAUUUCAUGUUAUAUGUUAUCAAUAAGUUCAAAUAAAAAGUAUAUGAAUAAAUUAUUUUGAAAAAAGA